AUGGCAGAGGUCGCAUCAGCACCCAACCCAAAGGACCAGCAAGUGCCGCUUGACUCGAUCCCCAUCUCCCCAGACGGCGGCAUGACCGACGCAACCAACGGCGCCACCAACGGCGAGAAGCCAUCGAGCGACGACAAGAUCGUGACUGUUUUCGACGACCCGGCCAACUUCAACGUUAAGCACCAGCUGCAGCACACCUGGACCCUCUGGUUCACCAAGCCACCGAGCGGCAAGCAAGACUGGAACGAGCUGCUCAAGGAGGUCAUCAGCUUCAACAGCGUCGAGGAGUUCUGGGGUAUCUACAACAACAUCACACCUGCCUCCGAGCUCGCGCAAAAGUCCGACUACCAUCUCUUCAAGCAAGGCGUCCGGCCAGAGUGGGAAGACCCACAGAACAAGCACGGUGGUCGCUGGGCAUACACAUUCAAGGGCACCAAGGCCAAUGACGAGGUCUGGCUCAACAUCAUGCUUGCCGCCAUCGGUGAGAUGCUGGAGGACGAGAGCGAUAACGAAGUCAUGGGAGUCGUUGUCAACAUCCGCAAAGCUUUCUGGCGUGUCGGUCUCUGGUCCAGAACUGCAGGCCAGCCACCAAAGGGUCGCAAGGACGAGGGAGGAGACCCAGCCGAGAGCCGCAAGCGUCUAGAGCGCAUCGGCAAGCGCUUCAAGGACGUCCUGAACCUGCCAGCAACAGAGUCAAUCGAGUUCAGCGGUCACGCAGACUCGGCGCACGCGGGAAGCAGCCGCGCCAAGGCCAAGUUCACGGUCUAG